GGUGGCUGUGCGUGAGCCGCUGGAGUGGGCCAAGACCUGCGCCGCGGAGGUGUGGCGCUUCAGCAGCGCCGCCUAUUUCUCGCUGCUGGAGGGGCUGCGGCGGCCCUACUACGGCGAGCCGCUGGACAUGUCCCCCGGGCGGCUGGCGGGCGCAGUGCUGCUCGCGCUGCUGUGUGGGCUGCUGUCGGCGAGCUGCGUGCUGGUGCUGGGGCUGCUGCGGCUGCCCUUUGUGGUGGCCAGGGCGCUGGGUGAGUGGAUGUCCAAGGUCGCGGCCUGCCCCACCCGCCUGAUGUGCUUGUGGAUGCCCCUGUGGGUGCUUGCCGUACCCGGAAUCCCAGUGGGGGUGCUGCUGGGGUUCAUCCUGCUGCUGCUGGGCUGCUGCGUCUACCUGGGCCCUACAUGCGGAGUGGUGGCGUACAUGAGCGCGUCGGCCCAGCCCGUACCCUACCGGAGCCCCUACCUCCGCGCCAAGCGGUCCCUCUUCACCGCCCUGGACGUCAUGUACUCACACG